AUGACGAGCUCCGUGGCGCCCUACGAGCAGCUGGUGCGGCAGGUGGAGGCCUUGAAGGCCGAGAACAGUCACCUGAGGCAGGAGCUGCGGGACAACUCGAGCCACCUGUCCAAGCUGGAGACGGAGACGUCCGGCAUGAAGGAGGUCCUGAAGCGUUUGCAGGGCAAGCUGGAGCAGGAGGCCCGAGUGCUGGUGUCCUCGGGCCAGACAGAGGUGCUGGAGCAGCUGAAAGCCCUCCAGAUGGACAUCACUAGCCUGUACAACCUCAAGUUCCAGCCCCCAGCCCUGGGCCCCGAGCCCGCUGCCCAGACCCCCGAGGGAAGCCCAGUACACGGCUCCGGGCCCUCUAAGGACAGCUAUGGGGAGCUGAGCCGGGCCACCAUCCGGCUGCUGGAGGAACUGGACCGAGAACGGUGCUUCCUGUUGAAUGAGAUUGAGAAGGAGGAGAAGGAGAAGCUCUGGUAUUACUCGCAGCUGCAGGGCCUGUCCAAGCGCCUGGACGAGCUCCCGCACGUGGAGACGCAGUUCUCGAUGCAGAUGGACCUGAUCCGGCAGCAGCUGGAGUUCGAGGCCCAGCACAUCCGCUCGCUGAUGGAGGAGCGCUUCGGCACCUCGGACGAGAUGGUGCAGCGGGCGCAGAUCCGCGCUUCGCGCCUGGAACAGAUCGACAAGGAAUUGCUGUCUGCACAGGACCGGGUGCAGCAGACGGAGCCCCAGGCCCUGCUGGCGGUGAAGUCGAUGCCACUGGACGAGGACACCGAGACUGAGGUCCCCACGCACCCUGAGGAUGGUGCCCCUCAGCCGGGCAACAGCAAGGUGGAGGUGGUCUUCUGGCUGCUAUCCAUGCUGGCGACGCGCGACCAGGAGGACACGGCACGCACGCUGCUCGCCAUGUCCAGUUCUCCCGAGAGCUGUGUGGCCAUGCGCCGCUCGGGCUGCCUGCCGCUGCUGCUGCAGAUCCUGCACGGCACCGAGGCCGGGGCUGGGGGUCGUAACGGGAACCCCGGGGCACCGGGAGCCAAGGACGCGCGCAUGCGCGCCAACGCGGCGCUGCACAACAUCGUCUUCUCGCAGCCGGACCAGGGCCUGGCGCGCAAGGAGAUGCGCGUUCUGCACGUGCUGGAGCAGAUCCGCGCCUACUGCGAGACCUGCUGGGACUGGCUGCAGGCCCGGGACGGCGGGCCCGAGGGGGGCGGCGCCGGCGGCGCCCCUGUCCCCAUCGAGCCGCAGAUCUGCCAGGCCACGUGUGCCGUGAUGAAGCUGUCCUUCGAUGAGGAGUAUCGCCGGGCCAUGAACGAGCUGGGCGGGCUGCAGGCCGUGGCGGAGUUGCUGCAGGUCGACUACGAGAUGCACGGGAUGACCCGGGACCCACUCAACCUCGCCCUGCGCCGAUACGCCGGCAUGACCCUCACCAACCUCACCUUUGGGGACGUCGCCAACAAGGCCGCACUGUGCGCGCGCCGGGGCUGCAUGGAGGCCAUCGUGGCCCAGCUGGCGUCCGAGAGUGAGGAGCUCCACCAGGUGGUGUCCAGCAUCCUGCGCAACCUCUCCUGGCGGGCCGACAUCAACAGCAAGAAGGUGCUGAGGGAGGUCGGCAGCAUGACGGCCCUGAUGCAGUGUGUACUGAGAGCCACCAAGGAGUCCACCCUGAAGAGCGUGCUCAGCGCCCUAUGGAACCUCUCGGCGCACAGCACGGAGAACAAGGCGGCCAUCUGCCAGGUGGACGGCGCCCUGGGCUUCCUGGUGAGCACGCUGACCUACAAGUGCCAGAGCAGCUCGCUGGCCAUCAUGGAGAGCGGCGGCGGCAUCCUGCGCAACGUGUCCAGCCUCAUCGCCACCCGCGAGGACUACAGGCAGGUGCUGCGGGACCACCACUGCCUGCAGACGCUGCUGCAGCACCUCACGUCGCACAGCCUGACCAUCGUGAGCAACGCGUGCGGCACGCUCUGGAACCUGUCGGCCCGCAGCGCGCGCGACCAGGAGCUGCUGUGGGACCUGGGCGCGGUGGGCAUGCUGCGCAACCUGGUGCACUCCAAGCACAAGAUGAUCGCCAUGGGCAGCGCCGCGGCCCUGCGCAACCUGCUGGCCCACCGGCCCGCCAAGUACCAGGCGGCCGCCGCCGCCGUGUCCCCGGGCGCCUGCGCACCCAGCCUGUACGUGCGCAAGCAGCGCGCGCUCGAGGCCGAGCUGGACGCGCGCCACCUGGCCCAGGCGCUCGACCGCCUGGAGGCGCAGGGCCCGCCCGAGGCCGAGGCCGAGGCCGCCGCCAAGAAGCCGCUGCCGCCGCUGCGCCACCUGGACGGGCUGGCCCGCGACUACGCCUCGGACUCCGGCUGCUUCGACGACGACGACGCGCCCUCCCUGGCCGCCGCGGCCGCCACCGCCGAGCCGGCCAGCCCCGCCGUGCUGUCCCUCUUCCUGGGCAGCCCCUUCCUGCAGGGCCAGGCGCUGGCCCGCGCCCCGCCCGCCCGCCGCGGCGCCCCAGAGGCCGAGAAGGAGGCCGGCGGUGAGGCGGCCGUGGCGGCCAGGGCCAAGGCCAAGCUGGCGCUGGCGGUGGCGCGGAUCGACCGGCUGGUGGAGGACAUCUCGGCCCUGCACACCUCAUCCGACGACAGCUUCAGCCUCAGCUCCGGGGACCCUGGGCAGGAGGCGCCUCGGGAGGGCCGCGCCCAGUCCUGCUCGCCCUGCCGGGGGCCCGACGGCGGGCGGCGGGAGGCGGGCAGCCGGGCUCACCCGCUGCUGCGGCUCAAGGCGGCCCACGCCAGCCUCUCCAACGACAGCCUCAACAGCGGCAGCACCGGCGACGGGCCGGGUACUCGUGAGCACACGCGGCCCUGUCAGCUGGCCGCGCUGGCCGAGUACCGCGAGGGGCCCCCGUGCACUCAGGCGCGGCCCAGCCGCCUUGACCUUGACCCGCCGGGGGCCCAGCCCGAGCCGGCAGCCCAGGACGCCGCGGCCGCCGACGCCCACGUGCGCACCAUCAAGCUGUCGCCCACCUACCAGCACGUGCCGCUGCUCGAGGGCGCGGGCAGGGCGGGCUCCGGGCCGCCGGGUGCGGGGUCCCGGAAGCAGGCCUGGCUGCCCGCAGAGGCCCUGAGCAAGGUGCCGGAGAAGCUGGGGGCGGAGGCGGCUGCGCUCUGCCUGUCCCGCUGUAGCUCCCUGUCCUCGCUGUCCUCGGCCGGCCGCCCGGGGCCCAGCGAGGCCAGGGACCUGGACGACAGUGACUCGUCCCUGGAGGGGCUGGAGGAGGCGGGCCCCAGCGAGGCGGCGCUGGACGGGGCCUGGCGGGGGCCAGGGGCCGCCUCCCUGCCCAUGGCCAUCCCGGCACCGCGGCGGGGCCGGGGCCUGGGGGUGGAGGACGCCACGCCGUCCAGCUCCUCGGAGAACUGCGUGCAGGAGACGCCGCUGGUGCUGAGCCGCUGCAGCUCGGUGAGCUCGCUGGGCAGCUUCGAGAGCCCGUCCAUUGCCAGCUCCAUCCCCAGCGACCCGUGCAGCGGGCUGGGCAGCGGCACGGUCAGCCCCAGCGAGCUGCCCGACAGCCCCGGGCAGACCAUGCCGCCGAGCCGCAGCAAGACGCCGCCGCCGGCGCCCGCGCCCCCGGGCGAGCGCGAGAGCACGCAGUUCAGCCUGCAGUGGGAGAGCUACGUGAAGCGGUUCCUGGACAUCGCCGACUGCCGCGAGCGCUGCCGCCUGCCCUCCGAGCUGGACGCGGGCAGCGUGCGCUUCACCGUGGAGAAGCCGGACGAGAACUUCUCGUGCGCCUCCAGCCUCAGCGCGCUCGCCCUGCACGAGCACUACGUGCAGAAGGACGUGGAGCUGCGGCUGCUGCCGCCGGCCUGCCCCGAGCGGGGCGGCGGGGGUGGCGGAGGCCCCGGCCUGCACUUCGCCGGGCACCGUCGGCGGGACGAGGCCGCUGGCCGCCUCGAGGGGCCGACGGCCGCUGAGCAGGAGCUGGAGCUGCUGCGAGAGUGCCUGGGCGCGGCCGUGCCCGCCCGGCUCCGCAAGGUGGCCUCGGCGCUGGUGCCCGGCCGCCGCGCGCUGCCGGUGCCCGUCUACAUGCUGGUGCCCGCCCCGGCCCGCGAGGACGACUCGUGCACUGACUCGGCCGAGGGCACGCAGGCCAACUUCUCCAGCACCGCCUCGCUCAGCGACGAGACGCUGCAGGGGCCCCCCAGGGACGCGCCCGGUGGGCGUGCGGACAGGCAGAAGCCCGCGGGCCGUGCAGUCCCUGCCAGGCAGGUGGUCGGGCACCGGCACAGGGUGGGGGGCGCAGGCCGGAGCUUGGAGCAGGCCCGGGGCGCGAGCAGGAGCCGGGCCGGGCUGGAGCUGCCCCUCCGCCGGCCCCCGAGCACCCACACAGACGGGGAUGGCUCCCACGCCGGCCGGGCGCGUGGGGACGGCGCCCUGCAGUCGCUGUGUCUCACGACGCCCACCGAGGAGGCCGUCUACUGCUUCUACGGCGACGACUCGGACGAGGAGCCGUCCAGGGCAGCGGCAACCCUGCGGCGGCCGUCCGCCAUCCCCCGGGCUGUGAAGAGGGAGCGGCCGGCGGGCAGGAAGGAGGCCCAGGCCGUGCCCAAGCCCGUGCCCAAGCCUGCGCCGCCCGCCCGGGCCCAGCCCAGCCUCAUCGCCGACGAGACGCCGCCGCGCUGCUCCCUGAGCUCGUCCGCGAGCUCCCUGGGCGAGCCGGAGCCCCCAGCGCCAGCAGCGAGCCGGCCCCGAGCCCGCGAGGCGGCCGUCACCAAGGACCCCGGCCCGGGCGGCGGGCUCGCCGGCUCCCCCAGCCCAAGGGGCCAGGCGGAGCUGCUGCGGCGCGGCAUCGGCUCAGCCCUGCCCAGGCGCCGGCCCCAGGCACCAGCCCCGCGGCGACGCAAGCCCCAAGCCGCCCAGCCAGACGAGCGGCCGGCAGAUGGACCCCAGGAGCGCGGCGAGGAGGCAGCGGGCUCAGAUCAGGCCUCGGACCUGGACAGCGUCGAGUGGCGCGCCAUCCAGGAGGGUGCCAACUCCAUUGUCACGUGGCUGCACCAGGCGGCAGCGGCAGCGGCCACCGGCGAGGCCUCGUCUGAGUCUGACUCCAUCCUGUCCUUCAUGUCAGGGCUCUCAGUGGGCUCCACCCUGCAGCCCUCCCCGCACAGGAAGGGGCCCCGGCCGCGGGCAGAGGGCCAGGCCAGCAGUGGGGUGCGGCCAGAGAAACAGGACGCGGCCCUGGCCCAGCGCAGCAGCGGGCCCCGCUCAUCCUGUGGCCCGGAGAAGCCACGAGGCGCUCAGAAGACUGUGUCUGGGGUGCCGGCCGUGCUCCGGGGCCGGACGGUGAUCUACGUGCCCAGCCCAGCCCCCCGGGCCCCCCCAAAGGCCGCCCCCAGCCCCCGUGCUGCACCCAGGAAGAUGGGACCCCCCAGCCCCGCGCAGCCAGCAGCCCCCGCCAAAGCCCCCGGGCUGGGGCAGCUGCGGUCUCGGAGCCUGCACCGGCCGGGCAAGAUCUCGGAAUUGGUGGCGCUGAGCCCGCCGCAGAGGAGCGCCACACCACCCGCCCGCCUCGCCAAGACCCCCUCGUCCAGCUCUUCCCAGACCUCCCCUGCCUCCCAGCCCCUGCCCAGGAGGUCACCCCCCGCCACCCAGGCUACGGGGCCCCUGCCCGGCCCCGGGUCCUCAGCACUGCCCAAGACACCGGCGCGGGCCCUGCUGGCCAAGCAGCACAAGACGCAGAAGUCGCCUGUGCGCAUCCCCUUCAUGCAGAGGCCCGCCCGGCGGGGGCCGCCGCCCCUGGCCAGGGCAGCGCUGGAGCCGGGCCCCAGGGGCCGGGCAGGGGCCGAAGGGGGGCCGGGCGCCCGAGGGGGCCGCCUGGGCCUGGUGCGCAUGGCCUCGGCCCGCUCCAGCGGCAGCGAGUCCUCCGACCGCUCGGGCUUCCGGCGGCAGCUGACCUUCAUCAAGGAGUCGCCGGGCCUGCCGCGCCGCCGCCGCGCAGAACCAGCCACCUCCGCCUCCACCUCCGCCACCGUCCCCGCCUCCCAGGGCGGCUCGCCCCGCCGCGGCCGGCCCGCGCUGCCCGCCGUCUUCCUCUGCUCCUCGCGCUGCGACGAGCUGCGGGCAGCCCCGAGGCAGGCCCCGGGCCCCCAUCGGCUCCCCGCAGCCCGGCCCAGCCCCGGAGAGCGACCGCCGCGGCGCACCAGCUCCGAGAGCCCGUCGCGCCUGCCCGUGCGCACGCCGGCCGCCCGGCCCGAGACGGUCAAGCGCUACGCCUCGCUGCCACACAUCAGCGUGGCCCGCAAGCCCGACGGCGCGGCCCCCGCACCCACGGCCGACGCCACCCGCCGCAGCAGCGACGGCGAGGCCCGGCCACUGCCCAGGGUGGCCGCACCAGGCACCACAUGGCGUCGCAUCCGGGACGAGGACGUCCCGCACAUCCUGCGGAGCACGCUGCCCGCCACUGCCCUGCCGCUGAGGGGCGCCUCACCCGAGGAAGGCCCGGGCGGCCCCCCGCAGCGCAAGACCAGCGACGCCGUGGUCCAGACGGAGGACUUCGUGGCCACCAAGACCAACUCCAGCACGUCCCCGAGCCUGGAGAGCAGGGAGCCCCCCCAGGUUCCGGCCGGCGGCCCCAUCUCCCUGCUCGGCAGCGACGUGGAUGGGCCCACCCCUGCCAAGGCGCCCACCGCCGCCACCUUCAUCCACGAGGGCCUGGCGGUGGCCGCAGGGGGCUUCCCCGCCAGCCGGCACGGCUCCCCCAGCCGCUCAGCCCGCGUGCCGCCCUUCAACUACGUGCCCAGCCCCAUGGUGGCGGCCCCCACUGACUCGGCCGUGGAGAAGGCACCGGCCGCCACCCCCGCCAGUCUCCUGGAAUAGUGGC